UCACUGAAACUCGAAACCAUUUCGCGAUCGGAUCGGAUGGCCAAGCCGCGUCCCUGCGUGGUACCCUGCUGUCAGGGUGAAAAGUUCGAAUUGGUGCACAAGUUUCCGUCGGAUCGGGACCGCGCCGAACUGUGGAAGAUGAUUUUGGGUGUUCCCGAACUGGGUGCGCUGGAUGUGGACACCAUUCGAGGGCGGUAUUUUGUCUGCAGCCGGCACUUUCGUGACUCCGAUUACAAGAACAAGUUGUCGCGGAGUUUGAACGUGACAGCGAAUCCGUCGCUAAAUUUGACCGACCUUAGCGAUGCGGAGGGGUUGAAUCGUGUUAUUCCGCCGAUGGGGCGGCCACUGCAGCCGGGUGGCGGUAGUAUGGUGGACAAGGGUACGAACUUGGUGACCGUUAGUUUGGAAGUACAACCGUUUAUGUCGGAGGAAGCGAACGAAAAAAAUAUGUUGCAUUGUGAUUACGACCCACUGGCUGUUGGCUUGGCGGAGGAUCGCCAGUUGCACCAGCAGCAGCAGCAUCCGGAGGAAUUUGUUAAAGUAGUACCUCGGACGUCGGCAUUAGUCGGCCAGAAGCGAGGUCUGGGGACUAGUACAAUGGCCGGAAGUACACCGGCGAAGAUUUUCCGGUUUAGUAAAAAUUUAAACAAGCUGGUCAAGGUGGAAGGAAUGUCGGAUGGAGAAGGCUCGUCGACGGAGUCGUUGGUCCUGAGGAAGUUGAAGCUAGCGUCACCGCAGAAGAAGAUACUGAAGGUUAGUACCGUUACGGAGCCAAAGGUGGAGAGUGUUUCGGCGGAAACGCAGACCGAUUUCGAGGAACAGAAAGAAACCGUGGUUAGAGCUCCGAAAGAGCCUGAGACGGUUGAUUCGCAGGAAAAAGACAGCCAGCAGGAUCAGGAGCAGGAAAAGACUGUGACUAGGGUGUUGGCCUUGCUGGAAUGUACGCCGGAAAAUUUGCAGAAAUUGAAGCAGAAGAUGAGCGACGGGGCUGUCGUUUUUGAUGAGAAGCUGUUUCAGGAAACUAGCGAGGAACAAGAUGAGCAAGCAAAAAGCGCGAUGCAGCAAUCGGCGGCCAUUGACGAGCGACAGUUUCUGUCUCUUAAGGGAUCGGACUCGGACGAACCCAUCCGGGUAAGCUACAUUUGGCUGCGGGAUCACUGCCGCUGUAGCCAAUGCUACAAUCACGAAACCUUCCAACGGUCGUUCUCGAUUCUGGACGUCCCGGAGGAUGUCAGCCCCGCGAGCUACGAGAUUCGGGAUGGGGCACUCAAUGUCUUAUGGAAAGACGAUCACGCUUCGUCGUACGAUCUGGACUUUAUCUUCAGCUCCCAGUUCCCGGUGUACAAGGAAUCUCUGCUGCUUGAACAUUCGCAACCGGUUCUCUGGGAUCGGGCACUGAUCAGCCAGAGUUCGGAGUACUGUCGAGUAAGCCUCAACGAGCUGCUCUGUGACGACGAAGCCGUCAAGCGUUUCGUCACUAGCCUCAUCACGUUCGGCGUGGCCUUUAUCGAAAAAGUUCCCACCAAUCCGCAAAGCACGGAAAUGGCUGUCCGACGAAUGUUCCCCAUUCAUAAAACUCUGUUCGGUGAGAUGUGGACCUUCAGCGAUUCGAUGGACCACAGUGACACAGCUUAUACCAAAGACUACCUGGGGCCGCACACCGACAACUUAUACUUCAGUGAUGCCUCCGGUCUACAGAUUCUCCACUGCAUUCAACUGAACGCAACCGGAGGCGAAACCAUCCUAAUCGACGGUUUUAAAGCAGUCGAGCAGCUUCGGCUAAAGAAACCGGAAGUAUUCGAACGGCUUUGCAACUACCCCGUCACGGGCGAGUACCUGGAAGAGGGAAAACAUCAUACCUACUGUGCGCCGAUCAUCAAGCGGAACAUCAUCACCGGAGAAAUUGAGCAGCUGAGGUUCAACAUUUACGAUCAGGCCAUUUUGAAAACGAUUCCACAGGAACAGAUGCCGCAGUUUUAUGCGGACCUCAAGGUCCUGGGAGCGGAGAUCAAUGCGGAAGGAAUGGCGUGGAAGUUCCAGCUGACACCGGGAACGGUGAUGAUCUUCGACAAUUGGCGGGUGUUGCAUGGGCGGCUGGCCUACAACGGAAAGCGUGUGAUGAGCGGGUGCUACGUGUCGAGGACGGAAUACCAGAGCCUGGCAAGGACGCUGGGGAUCAUUUCGUGAUUGUUUGGAAGCCUCGAUAGUAAGUACACUUUUGUAGUUUCUGAAAGAAUUG